GUUUUUAACCAUUAAAAUUGGUGGGAAGAAAACACUACACAACGAAAUUAACGAAAAAGAAAAACAUAGGAACAACCUGAAAAGGAAAAAAAAAAUAAAUAAAUAAAUAAAGAAAAAAAGGUUCGAACAAUUAACAGUUGGGUUCUGGCCGGGCGAUGCAAGCAAGGAAAACAUGUCUUCCAGCAUCAGCACUACUCCAUUUCUAAUUCCAAUGGUUUCUUCUUCCGCUUUGUUUCUCCCAUUCUUCCAAUCCAUCAUUCUCAUUCCCAUCUCCCAAAGUUCACAUUUUUAUUCCGAUCCCUUUUCAUAAAAUUCCCAUUUUUCUCUUCCCUUUCAAUCUUUCCUCCUGAUUCCCAUUUUUUCCCUCAUAAAUUUGCCAUCUUCCCCAACCACUUCCACUUUCCAUUUCCGUUUCCACACACAGGCAGACUUGCUUAAUUUGGAAAGUCUUGGGAAGAUGAUUAAUUUGGAGGUUUGGCUGAAGAACUCGUUGGAAUCAAAAGGAUUACAGUCUUCAGCUGACACCCAUGAUUUCUCUAUGCAUUUGGAUGGGUUUAUUGGGGGAGGAUUAUUUCUUGAACCAUCGGUUCCGACAUCAUUCGUUUCAUUAGUUUCUCCGAAUAAUUUGCGGGAUUGUUCGUGUUCCAUCGAGGUUUCGGGUGGUGGUCGGUGGCGGCGGAGAGGGGUGGUUACCGGCGGCGGUAGGUUUCUAUCGGUGACGCUUUCGAGUGUGAAUGGAAAUGAAGGGGAAGGGAUUGGGGAGAUGUUGGGGUCAAAUGGGGAGAAGAGUUUGGAGGGUGAAGAUGCAGCGUUUCAAGAAGCCGAGAAAGGUCAAAGGAAGGAGAAGCCUAAGUUAAAGAAACAAAGAGGGAAAACUUUGAAUACCAUUAAGCAUCUGUGGGCUGGUGCUGUUGCUGCAAUGGUGUCAAGAACUUUUGUUGCACCACUUGAGAGAUUAAAGCUGGAAUAUAUAGUUCGUGGUGAACAGAAGAAUCUUUUUGAACUGAUCCAAACAAUUGCUGCUAGUCAAGGGUUGAAAGGGUUCUGGAAAGGAAAUUUUGUUAACAUUUUGCGGACUGCUCCAUUUAAGGCUAUCAACUUCUAUGCUUAUGACACCUACAGAGAGAAACUGCUAGAAAUAUCUGGUAAUGAGGAGACCACAAAUUUUGAAAGGUUGGUUGCAGGUGCGGCAGCUGGGAUUACUGCUACUGUGCUAUGCAUACCUAUGGACACAAUUAGGACUGUAAUGGUGGCUCCUGGAGGGGAAGCUUUAGGAGGUGUAAUUGGGGCAUUUCGUCACAUGAUCCGAACUGAAGGAUUUUUUUCUCUUUACAAGGGCCUAGGCCCCUCCAUCAUAAGCAUGGCUCCUUCAGGUGCUGUUUUCUAUGGGGUUUAUGACAUUCUAAAAUCUGCCUAUCUUCAUUCACCCGAGGGUAGGCAGCGGCUUGAGCAUAUGAAAGAGCAAGGUGAAGAAUUGAAUGCUCUGGAACAAUUAGAGUUGGGUCCCAUCAGGACACUAAUAUACGGGGCUAUAGCCGGUGCUUGUUCUGAAGCUGCUACUUAUCCUUUUGAAGUAGUUAGGAGACAGCUCCAGAUGCAAGUUCGAGCAACAAAGAUGACUGCUUGGGCAACUUCCCUCAAGAUAGUUGAACAAGGUGGAGUUCCUGCGUUAUAUGCAGGAUUGAUCCCUAGCUUGUUACAGGUUUUACCAUCUGCCGCAAUAAGCUACUUUGUUUAUGAGUUCAUGAAGAUAGUUCUCAAGGUGGAGUAGCUCAAACCAACUACUGACAGUUUGAUUGGGUUUUUCUUUAAAACAACCCAUGAUCAUGAAUUUUCUGUACUCUUACAGAUAGAUAGAUUUUUUCAGUUUGUAUACACCUUCGGAGAUGAAGUUCCGACAGUGUCUUCCUUUGGUUGUUCUUUUGACAUUAACCAUAGGGGGGAGAAAACGGGGGCCUUGUUCCUUGUUCGCAUUGUUGUUUAUUGGUGUCAAACUAUUGUGGGUUAUAGCAAGAGCAACUGUUACAUUUCUUUCUCCGGCCAGUUUACUAUUUUGUUCUGCACAUCAUCUCUUUUCUCUGUUUCAUGUAUGUAUUCUGCCACAGUGCCACAGAAAAUGAUUGGAGAAAUUUCAUCAAUAAGUCAUAACCUGCGAGUAUUGCUGACAUGGUUUGAAACUCCCUCCGUCUCGG